UUUUCGAUAACACCGUUAAUGCUGGAAAGAUUAAAAUAGUAGUUGAAAAUAGCCAGUUUCAUAACGUUCAAGCAGUUUAUUCUGGUUUUUAAGCUGAAUUGUAUUGAAUUAGGGUAAGAAGGUUUUGUGCCGGAUAUCUAACAGCAGAGCUUAUUCAAUGGAUGACAAUCCUGAAGUCAUUUUCUUGGGAGAUAGCUUGAUUAACCGCCUACAGUAUGCUCCGAUAUGGUCCAAGUUCGUAUCGUCCUUUCGCUGUUUAAAUUUGGGGAUGGAUGGACUGACUGUGGAGGAACUACUGCAGGGAGUUGUCAGUGGAGAAUUGCGGCCAUAGAUAAUUUCCAUGCCAAGGCGAUCGUUCUUCUGAUCGGAACGAAUAAUAUCCAGAACACUCCGGAUCACAUUGCCGGUAUGAUCGAGAAGAUCAUCCAAGCGCUUCGCGAUCGUCAGCCGUCCACGCAAAUAUUUGUGAUUGAAUUAUUUCCGAAAGGCCCGGGACCGUCCGUAUACAGGGAGAAGAAUAAAGCAGUGAAUGAGCUCCUACGGGAACGACUGAAGGAAGAGACCAACAUCCGUGUGAUCAACUUGGAUCCCGGAUUUGUGGAUGGGAACGGCCAGAUCAGCCGGACUGAUUUGCCGGACUAUUUGCAUUUCUCGCAUAUUGCCUAUGAAAAAGCAUUCUCUCCGCUCUUUGUGCUGCUAGACGAAGCUGUUCGAAACCAAGCACGAAACGAUAGCAUACAUUGCCAUACAAUAUAAGUGCAUUGCUAUUCCGCCAGGUGUUUUGUACUAUUUCCAUUGAAUUUGUGGUGAACUGCUUUUGUUAUAAUCUGAUGCACACUGCUUCUGCUUUCAUGUUCGCAUCAUCGCAUGUGAUCCGUUCUGUUGCUGCUUGUCUUAACCUUUCUGUACAAAUGUAAAUUAA